UUUUAAAAGCUUCAUUACAAGACAUUUUAGUAUUCGUUGGUAGUCGGCGAAGACAGUAACUUGGGCAAAACUGAGAUAAAUUCGAUUGAAGAAAACAAGGGAUCGACAAGGCAAAUAUGUUCUACAAUCUAGCAAAACUGACGCUUAUCACUUUAGUUUCCAACUACAUCCACGCAUAUGAAUUUAAGAUAAAUCUUCCAGAUAGUGCGCAGUCUGAAAUUGAAACAUGCAUUCAAAGGUCUAGAAUGUCGCCGGCAAUAGAUUGGCAAGCAGACUUGGCUUGUGGCCAUGCAUAUUUCAAUCAUCUUGGGCCAAACAAUCUAACGGAUGGUGAUUGGGCAAUUUUCAAAGAAGCGGAGAAUGACAGUUUCGGCCACACUGCUCCAUCCUUUGGCAUAAGCAUAAGACGAGAAAUUCGCACAUUAUCUGAUGAGGAAUGGAAAAACGUGACAGAUGUUUUCAGAGAAUUAUACGAAGCAGGAGUUCUUCAGGCAUUUGGACGUUUGCAUGGAAAAGCAAAAUUAAAAGCUCAUAAGGGGGGUGCGUUUUUACCAUGGCAUCGGGUUUUCCUUGCACACUUUGAACAAGAGAUGAAGAAGAUCAAUCCCAGUGUAUCCUUACCAUAUUGGGACUAUACGAUUGAUUACGAAAUUCCCCAACCUUAUGAGUCUAUAUUUUGGACGCCAUGCUUCUUUGGAGAAAACAAUGAUACAGUCCAAUCAGGGCCUUUCAAAUUCAUGUAUGGAGCACAUGGUGGCAUAAUCUCGAGACAAUUGGCAAACGAUUUCUACUCUACAAGACUGAUUAACAAAAGAGACAUAGAAAGGUUAAAAGACUUUUGUGGGUUUGAGGACAUAACAACGGGUGUUCUUAAAGAAGAGACAGAUCACAAUCUUGAAACUCUACACGAUGGCGUACAUGACUACAUUGGUGGAGAUAUGGGUGUUGUUGAAAACUCGGCAUACGAUCCGAUAUUUUGGUUUCAUCAUGCAUUUAUUGACUAUAUAUGGGAGUCAUUUAGGGAACAUCAGACAGAAAGUUGUGGCCACAUAGACAUUGAAACAGAUUACAGACCAAUAAAUGACAUUGGAUGGAAGGGCACUUUUGGACAAGGCCACGAAGAUGCAUUAUUUGGUUACAAGCACUUGAAUACAACAGAUGGACUCUGGCGUAAUUGGACACAAAUGUAUUAUAAAUAUGAGCCCCAACCUGCCUGUGACGGUACAUGCCGCGGAGAAUUUCUUUACUGCGAUGACAAAAAGAUAUGUUUAUCUCGGACAAAAGAGGUUUGUAAGAAGGAAUUCCCGACACGAAAUAAACGUAGAGUAGACGUCACAGAUACACUUUUACCACAUAAGCCCUGUGGUGCGGGGUCAAAAAUUAUAGGCCUUAAAGGCGAUGGAAGAACAAUCAAUACAUCGAAAGAGGAAUGUGAAAAGAUUUUGGAAAGGGAAAGAAAGAUUGAAGAACCCAAACAGGAAGGAAGUAAAAAUACAUCUCCUGAAAAUUUUGGAUUUGUUACAAUCGGAUCGGUUGUUACUAUGAUUCUAGUUGCAGUGAUAUUUAGGUAAUUUAAAAAAAGAAAGAGUUAACGAAAAGAAAGGGUAAUUGAAUUACCUUUGUCUUUUAUAAUGUUUUAUAUAUAGAAGAACUUCUUGCAUGUCAACCGGAUAAUUUCAUUAUACAAACAACUGAGGCAGACGGUUUUUUCGAAAACAAGUUAAAUUAUAAGUAACCUAUCAUAAAAGUUUAAUUACCAUGCUCUGGAUUUAUUGACUUUAGUGUUUUUUGGGUUUUUUUGCGAUUUGUAAGCUGUAAAUGAUGUUUGGAAUAAAUUCUAUUUGUUUGACAUGAACAUUUAUAAUUGUAUGUACAGGUAGCAGAGCUAUAUUUACAUAAACAGUAGUUUUUGUGCAAUUCCUAAAACAGCGUUUUAAUGUUUUCAUGCAAUUUCUUUAUUUUUAUUGUUAUAAAUACUUGAAACAUUUUGUGUGAGUGCUACGUGUAGUUACAAAUGUUUUUGUCAACGGCAUUAGCAAAGUGUUUGCUAAGAUUCGUGAAUUAUGGUAAAUCCUGAUCCAUGAACAUGUAUGUCUUUAAAUGCUUUUAUUUUAUGUAUUCAUUAUUUUCAUUAUUGUAAAUAGUUCUAAUAAAGACUCUGCAAGUCUG